AUGGAGACUCCCGCCUAUAUCCCAUCUCCUGAAGCGAUCCACCUCGCGGCCGCAGACGCGGCAUCAGCGACGGGAGCACCAGGCGCACGACCCCCUCGUCGCCUUUCUAAGCACAAGCGGUCCCCGAGCGCUUGCGACGCUAGCGACGUCAAAUCAACACACCCUCUGCUACAAAAGUCCACCUUCCAACGGUGGCAAGAAGAAAUAAACAGACAGCUCUCGAGAGGACCACUGCUGGCCAGGCAAGGCCCCCCUGCUUCCCCGGCAAUUGCAGCACCACAAGCGACCUGUCCUGUCACUCCUGACGAUGCAGCGACCUUCCCACUCAUGAUGAACCCCCACCAAUGUGCCACGGCUCCAGAGAGCAGCCCGGCGGUGGAUGGCGAGCCAGCAGCUGCCACAGGGACAUCAGGGGAUAACCUGCCACCGCUUCCUGCACCCACGCAGCAAGAACAGAUGGACCUGACCUCGUCUCGCAAGCGCCCCCGCGCGGACAGCAGCGACGAGGAAGAGGGUCCACGAAAGGUGGGGCACAGUGCUCCCUCUGAGCACGACAGCCGCGACAGUGAGAGCAGCCAAGACAGCUCAGCCUUGCAGCCCUCGGAGGACUCAGAGGACUCCUGUGACUCCACACACACGUCAGGGAGCUCAUCUAUCGAGUCCCCCUCGCCCGAGGAAACUACCAGCAGCUCUGCCAGCACUGCUGAGGAGCUCACCACUGACAGCUGCACAGAGCCACAUUCAGAGGUGACACACAACACACUGGAAGCUGCCCCACCUGCUGCUGCCCCCAGCCCAGCUGCUGUACCUGCUGCUGAGGAGGUGCAUGAAAACCAGGACGAAGGCGACACCAUGGAGGAGACGGCGCAAGAGCAGGAUGAGGACAUCAGCCCCCCUCACCCCUCGGAGGCCUUCCUCAGGUCACCGCCACGCCCUACCACAUCCGUGAACCCUCGGAGGAAGAAGAGGAAACAGAAGAAGAAAGGCAAACCGAAGGCUGCCCAAGGUCCCUCUGGCACUACCAACUUCCCUUCCACCUCCGACGGAAUACAUUCACGACCGGCUACCACAGCCAAUGCAGGGAGGUUGCCGUCAGCACCGCCCCUGGCGCUUACAGUUGCCACCCCUCCCGCGAGCCAGCGAGAGGAUGAUGAGGGGUUCAUUACCCCCCAGUCCAAGGCAGCUCGCAGGCGUCAGAAACACCUGUCCUCUGCCACGCUGAAGGUGGACCCUGCGGUGGUGGGGACGGUCCUGUUCCGGCCCUCUGCCCCUGGGGGCUCAUUCUUUGGAAUCCCUCGCCUCACCCUGGCUGAGGCACUCUCUGCGCGCCCGGGCAUCACUGCCAUCCGGGUUAACCACCGUCGCAACAUAGUGGCGGUGGAUGCGACAACCAGGGAGUGCCUCGAGAGCCUCCUGGCCCUCACGGAGCUGAGGGGCAUCCCGGUGUCUGGGAAGGAGCCCGCAGAUCGCCGGAGCAGUACAGGCUUUCUCCACGGAGUCGACGGGGAACACGAUGACAACACCUUGCUGGCCAGCCUCCAGUCCUCUGUUCCAGUCCUGUCGGCUGCUAGGGAGGGCCGCACAGUCACCCUACGCUUCGGGGGCCCAGUUCCCCCGGAGCAGGUGAUGCUCUUCAGGGUGCGCUUUCCUGUGCGGCCAGCCAGACCACGACCACUGCAGUGCAAGCAGUGUGGCCGGUAUGGCCAUGUACGGGAGGCGUGCCGCUGGCCAGACAGCUGCAUCCGCUGCGGCCGGGCCCACACAGCUGAUGAGGGCUGCCAGCGGCCCCGCUGCGUUAACUGUGGGGGCCCCCACUCGGCCGACACCCCACACUGUCCCAGGUGGCAGGAACAACGCCAGGUGGCCACCAUCAUGGCGUCCUCCACUGCUGCCCUCUCCAGGCGGAUGGUUGCAGCGGCAGUACGGGAAGAGACCAGGGAGGCUCGAACAUAUGCGAGUGCACUGAAGGGGCACGCCCCUCCUACCCGGCCCGUUCCGGCCCCCCGCAAACGCCACAGACCACCCCCAGCGCACUUGACUGCUGUCCCUGAGGCCCUGCCUGCCCGUGCUGCCGUCACGGCCUCGCCUGCUGUUGCUGUCCCGCUGGCCCUGCCUGCUGGUGCUGCCCUCACGGCCUCGCCUGCUGUUGCUGUCCCGCUGACCCCGCCUGCUGGUGCUGCCCCAUUGGCCUCGCCUGCUGUUGCUGCCCCAUUGGCCCCGCCUGCUGUUGCUGUCCCACUGGCCCCGCCUGCCGCGGCUGCGACCCCACCGGUGCUGCCUCCUGCUGCCCCGGCCACCCACUCCGCUCAGCCCGGGAUGGAUCAGCUGAGAACAUCCCUGAUGGUCUGCUUCCAGCUAGGCGCAGCCAUGCUACCACCCCAGCACCCGCUUCAGGCCCUCUGCCUUCAGGCAAUGGCCUCCCCGCAAACCUCAGACCAUCAUGGCUAG